AUGUCACUUUUCUCUGAUCCUCCCCGCUCCAAAACAAUCAAACAAGCUAAACAUCUAAAACAUCUAGACAGCUAUCCUACUGCUACACUACGAUUCAAUCUCACCAACCACAGCUCAUCCCAUCACGAUCUCCUCCCCCCUACGGGGUCUAUCUCUCUCUCCACCAUGUCCAACCCUUAUCACCGCCGUCCACUUCCAGACUACUUCAUCUCCUCCCCUCUCGUCGCCCUCGUCUACCCACUCCACCAACUCCUCCUACACCUCCGAGGUCCACCCCGACUCCCACCUCCACACGCAAAGCCCGUCCGCGUCGUCUGUAUCUCCGACAGCCACACCCUCGAGUGGCCCGACGUCCCAGAUGGCGAUCUCCUAAUCCACGCCGGCGACCUCGCCAACGACGGCUCCGUCCGCGAAAUCCAAGCCGCAGUCGACUGGCUACGCUCGCUGCCGCAUCCCCAGAAAGUCGUCAUCUGCGGGAACCACGAUAGCUACUUUGACGUCCGCUCACGCUGCGAGGAAGACCGCGAUGAACAGUCCUCGGCUUCUUCGUUCGCCGCGGUCUCCGCAUCGACCGCGUCGAUCCAUUCUCUUGAAGAGAUCACCGCUCCUUCACGUAUCGACUGGGGCGAUAUCCAUUACCUCCAGCACUCGGCCGUGACGCUCUCUUUCCCCGGUGCCACCGACUCACCAUCCACUACUUCAUCUACAUCCUCGACAACACCACUCACAACCUCCCGCCCCCGCGAACUAACCAUCUACGGCGCCCCCCAAAUCCCAGCCCUCAUGGCCCUCGGCCCCGAACAUGCCUUCACAUACCCGCCACACCACGACGCCUGGUCCCGCACCAUCCCCCUCGAAACAGACAUACUCAUCACCCACACCCCCCACAAGCCCACCUCGACAUGUCCCCCGUCUACUCAACAGGCUGUCCCAACCUACUAG